UUUCUUACCUAUGUAUCUUGUCUUCUUUCACUUCCAACUUGUCCAAAUUCAUUUUCUCUUCUCCAUUUUUUUUCUUACAAAAGAUCCAAUCUAUCUCAAACUCUUCUCCAUCUUUUCAUACACUCAUUGACCAUAACACAUCUCCUCAUCAUCAAACCCUCCGAUUAUCAUCAAUGGGAUUCAAACCAUUUCUUGAAGGUGGCAUGGCCGCAAUCAUCGCCGGAGCUUUGACUCACCCAUUAGACCUCAUCAAAGUUCGUAUGCAGCUCCAAGGAGAACACUCUUUCUCUCUCGACCAAAACCCUAACCAUAAUCUCGAUCUUAAUCUUCCCGUUAAACCUUAUAGACCUGUUUUUGCCCUUGACUCUCUCAUCGGCAGCAUCUCCUUGCUACCUUCAUCCACUCCCGCACCGUCCACGUCUACGCGCUCUAGCAUGACCCCUUUCGCCGUUGGGGCCCACAUUGUCAAAACCGAAGGACCCGCCGCUCUCUUUUCCGGCGUCUCCGCUACUGUCCUCCGUCAGAUGCUUUACUCCGCCACUCGUAUGGGUAUUUACGACUUUCUUAAACGCAAGUGGACGGAUCGACUUACCGGUAACUUCCCAUUGGUCACAAAGAUCGCAGCUGGACUCAUCGCUGGAGCCGUCGGAUCCGCCGUCGGGAACCCCGCUGACGUGGCAAUGGUGAGAAUGCAAGCUGACGGACGUUUACCAUUAAGCCGCCGCAGAAACUACAAGAGCGUCGUGGAUGCCAUCGAGCGGAUCGUGAGGCACGAAGGCGUCUCGAGCUUAUGGCGUGGCUCGUGGUUAACCGUGAACCGAGCCAUGAUCGUGACGGCUUCUCAGCUCGCCACGUACGACCACGUGAAAGAAAUUAUGAUCGCCGGAGGCCGUGGAACGCCGGGAGGAAUCGGAACGCACGCGGCGGCGAGUUUCGCGGCGGGGAUCGUUGCGGCGGUGGCGUCGAAUCCGAUAGACGUCGUGAAGACGAGGAUGAUGAAUGCGGAGGCGGAGAGUUACGGUGGACCGUUGGAUUGUGCGGUGAAGACUGUGGCGGAGGAAGGACCGAUGGCUUUGUAUAAGGGGCUUGUUCCGACGGUGACGAGGCAAGGACCGUUCACGAUGAUCUUGUUCGUUACGUUGGAACAGAUUCGUGGUUUGUUAAAAGACGUUAAAUUUUGAUUAGUUAAGAUGAUUACUAAAUUUUGACCAUAUUCUAUCAAGUUGCAU